AGUGCUUCGCUCAGACUGCCAACAUCACACACUCGGCUAGUUAGCGACCAGUGUGGCGAUACUGCGGAAAAGGUGGCAAUCUAGAUGAGUUUACCGCGACGAAACAAUGUUGACGAUUUAGGAACCACCAUGUCAUCAACCGCGGCCUGAGAUCAGAGACGCAGACCAUGACAAGCGUGAACAAAUCUGUUAUUGUAUGUGGUUAUUCGCAAACUGAUUGUCAUGAUUUUAGCCCUUGCUAAGCGUGACGCGAUUCGGUGUGAUUAAAGUUGAGAUAAUCGAUCAGGUCAAUGUACUAAGAGCUCCAAAACCGUCUUCACAGCACAUCAGCAGUGCAUGCUCGUGUGAUUUGUAAGGAUAGAUUCAAACAACUUAUUAGCUAACCAGCUUAUACACCGACUGGCACCAAACAUCGACCGAUUGCACAGGAUUUGUUGUUAAACUGGGAUCUUCAGCAGAAAUGGAUGACUUCAGCUCCAUCAGUCUGCUGUCUCUGGCUAUGCUAGUCGGUUGUUACGUGGCUGGAACUAUUCCCUUGGCUGUUAACUUCUCUGAGGAGAAGCUGAAGUUGGUGACGGUGUUGGGAGCUGGGCUGCUGUGUGGCACUGCACUGGCUGUCAUUAUUCCAGAGGGAGUUCAUGCACUCUAUGAGGAAAUGCUGGAAGGUGGGCACCACCAUGGCCAUGGGCAGGUGGAAGCAGAAGUGUCAGAUCAGAAGGUUGCAGACGGAGUGGUGGGACCCAGCAGUGAACACAGCCACAGUCACGAGCAGCUCCACGCUUAUAUCGGCGUCUCUCUGGUGCUGGGCUUCGUCUUCAUGCUGUUGGUGGAUCAGAUCGGCAGCGCUCACAUGCACAACAGUGAUGAUCCAGAAGCCGCGAGGACUGCUAGCUCUAAAGUCACCACUACGCUUGGCUUGGUCGUCCAUGCUGCAGCUGAUGGUGUUGCUCUCGGAGCUGCUGCGUCCACGUCUCAGACCAGCGUCCAGCUCAUCGUGUUUGUGGCCAUUAUGUUGCAUAAGGCUCCUGCUGCAUUUGGACUCGUCUCUUUCCUCAUGCAUGCGGGUUUAGAAAGAAAUCGUAUCCGGAAACAUCUAUUAGUCUUUGCCUUGGCUGCCCCUGUUUUGGCCAUGCUCACCUACGUAGGACUCAGUCAGAGCAGUAAAGAGGCGCUAUCAGACGUCAACGCCACCGGUGUGGCCAUGCUGUUCUCCGCCGGUACCUUCCUGUACGUGGCUACGGUGCACGUCCUCCCGGAAGUGGGCGGCAUGGGCGGCCACAGCCACACGCCCGGGGCCGGCGCAGGGAAAGGACUGAGCAAAGUGGAGGUUGGAGCUCUGGUCCUCGGAUGUCUGAUCCCUCUAGUGCUGUCCAUCGGACACCAGCACUAGUGUUCUUCGCUUCAAGCCACAGGUCGAAUGGAACUUUGAACAGCUUUGGCCAAACAACAACCUCACACAAGCGGUUUGAAUCACGUUUAUUCAAGUCGGUGGUUGGAGUGAACGCAGGAACUUUGCAGUCGGGAAUGGGAUAUGAGGACUUCGGGAAUGCCCUGCCCUGCCGCUCCACAAAACACUGUGACUGACAGCUCACGAUGACCAUACACAAAUAAAAGCGAUCAAGUGUCCAACUCUUCACUUACAUUUUUUUUUUUUUCUUCAGUGGUGCUUGUUUAAAAGAAUCUGUUGUGUAGUCAUGUUUGCUUUAAAUUUGGUAUCUUUUGGUUUUAAUAUGGAAUAUUUCCAUGGGUCUUUUAACUGAUGAACAUUUACAAAAAAAUAACAAUUGAUAAUAAAUAAUUAUACUUCACAAACAUAUGGUGCCCAACCUAAUCGAUUGUCCUGCACAGUUUAAUCAAACACACCUGAAGCAACCAAUUAAGGUCUUCAGGAUCACUUGAACAUUAAAGGCAGGUGUGUUUGAUUUGGGUUGGAGAUGAACUGUGCAGGACAGUCGAUCGGCAGGACCCUGGCCUGGAGUAAUUAUGAUAAGUUUAUUUACCCCCUAUUUUUUGCACAAAUCAUAAUAAUGAGAUUAAUAUGGGAACAUACACUGGGCUACUUGGUUACUGCUAAAUUUAAACUAAUUUCAUCAUGUAUAUGGUUAUUUGGGACAAAUAUGAAAUAAGGUUAUUGGUUUAGUGGAUGAACACAUUGUUCUGUUGAGUUCAGUGCAUGUACAGAGUUAUUAUUUGAGUAUUAUUCGAACCUGCUGAUUGGUUGUUUAAUCCCGGAUAAAGGAUCUCAUUGGUCAGUCAGAUGUUUUGUACUGUGAUGCUUGCUCAAAGCAGAGCCUGUGUACUGUAAAUAUGUAUUCUCUGUAUAAAUGACAAAAAAAAUACCCUAUUUGACAGCCUGAGUAGUUUUUAGUCUCAUUUUAGCUUCUGUAAUCGCUGAGAGAGAAAGAUUGUUUUUAAAUGAAUGACAUUAAAGGGCAUUUUUUUUGUUCUUUGUCUUAACCGAAGGGAAUUUGAGGUCAGUUGGGAAGAUUAUAUGGUGGAUUUCUUCAAGUUUUGCAGUUGAAGACUGGAAAGCUGCUGUGUUCAUCACCAAGCUAUUGUUAAGGUUCCCUCGGAAGCUUGAAUAGGAAAGGAUUAUUAGGCAAACUUGGACUACGGUCCUGGUUUACAAAGUGUUGCAUUCUUGUUCUGAAAAAUAAUAGUUAAAGUUUAUGUGAAAGCUGUGCGUAAUAGCUCUCUAGCGCCCUCAUCUUAACCGUAGUGCACAAAUUGUGGAUGAUAUACAGACGGAGAAGACUUCACGCUGAUUUGUAGAAAGGGAAAAUGCAACUCUUACAAUGACCUCCUCUUAGAGACUUGGUUGGCACAGAUAUGUAAUGGCACUGAAUGUUGAUUGGUUAGGUGAAAUUUUGUGCCAUAUUUGACGGAUUCUUCUGGGAUAGAGAUUUUACAUUGAAGCAGAACAUGAUGAAUUCAGUUUUGGGGCUUUUAUGUGAUCAUUCCACGAGAGGGGUAUGCCUUAUUUUAUUCGCAAUUGUUUAACUUAAAAUGGUUGCAAACGUCUUUGUUCAUGAUUUGAAUAAACUUAUUUUCUUUUUUAAUGGAU